CUAUUUUAUAUAUAUAUAACUGAUGCUUGACGCCCUCGCUUGCCCUGCGUUCCGUGCGGUAAACAAAGAAGAAGAAGAAGAAGAAGCUCCUUGUUGUUUUUCUCGGUGGCGUCAAUCAAUCUCUUUUCAUUUCCCCAUGAAUUUGACGUCUUUAACGUCCCGUGCUUGUGAAUAGACGAACUUAAACGAGUGAAACGAGUCGUUGAGUGCACGAACGACCUCUUAAUUGGGCCGAGGAUGUGAUUUUCGAGCCGCGGAUAUAAGCGAAGCCUGAGUUUCUUUUGGUGGGGGAUGCUUCGGCUUGGCCUUGGCGACGGGGAAAAUGGUGGAAUUAUCAUGAAUUUGAGCUUUCCGCUUCGUUCCGACACUGACCUGUUAAGACCAUUUCAAGAGGUGGACUUAUGACCUGGAAAGACCAUUUCAAGAGGUGGACUUAUUACCUUUAAAUAUCACCACGUUUCAGUGUUGAUGCAGAUGUCAUGGAAGUUCAAUAUCUUUGACACAAGGUUGCUGUUGGUGAAAGGGAAGCUCUUCAUUCAUGAAAAUUCAACGCCACAUUUACCUGUUGUACAAUGGAGGAAAAACCUGCACCCGUAGUUCCUGCAAAAAACACGAAGAAUAAUGACUGCUACUUUUACUAUUACUCCUCUUGCUCCAGGGGCGAUGCAUGUCCAUUUCGUCACGAACCAGCAGCUCUUCGCAAUGAGACGGUCUGCAUUUUUUGGUUGCAAGGCAAUUGCAAUAAGAAGAACUGCAUCUUCAGGCACAUGGAACUCACAAAACAGAGGGACAAGAUAGCCUGUUGGUUCGAGACACAGCCAGGAGGAUGUAAAAAACCCCAUUGUCCUUUCCAACACCAAAACAUUUUAGAUCAUCCUCGGGAAGAGGACAUUAAAAAGAAACCUGAUUUGAUACUGCCCGUCAAGAAAGAAGAAAAUGCAAGAGUUGACAUACAAGUUGGCAAUGGGGAAGAACCAGAGCGCCAGAUUGUGUUCUCCAAGAACGAAGCAGGUUCUGUCACACCUCCGAGGCAAGCUCAUUUUGGGUCGAUACCUCGUAAUCCAAUCAUUGUCCCUCUUCAGGAUGGCGAGAGUGAUUCUGAGAGCGUGUCUGGGUCUCCCUACAAAAGAGUCAAUCCAGAACUCAGCGCGCAGUUAGAAUGGGAACUGAGGAAGCUACGUCAAAUCCAGGCGCACGAAGCAGAUAUCAUCGGUUAUGUUUUCACAGAUGAUAUGGAGGAAGAUGGAGAGGAAGAGGACAGAUUUGCUGAGGAAUCUCUUCCUCAAAAUCAGGAACUUGAAGAGUACGUUGUAGAAGAAAUACUGGAGGUAGAGGAAGAGCCAGACGCUAUUCACCGUCGCCUCCAUCCCAUGCAGAGGACAAUUCCCCACACUGCUCAAGCAAAUGCGUAUUCAGACACGGUUCUCAGUGAGCAUAGAAAAGGUGUUUUAAAGCCUCAGGUAGAUGACUUGAAAGUCAGAAGAAAAGUACAAAUAUCAGAAAGACUUGGUGGUGUUGCAAGUAGGGCCCUUGCUGAAACAUUAGGUACAAAUGUGCAGUUACGUCAACAUGGUGUCAAGAGACUUUCAGGGCCUAAAGAAGAAGAGGUGAAUACCAAAAGUAUAGCAGAAAGACUUGGGAAAAGUCCAAACAAAAAACUCAGCUUGUUGGAUAGGUUAGGGACGAGGCAAGGGAAGGAUAGUUCUCGAGCUCUGAGAGCGGAAGACAAUGAAACUGAGGUUGUCGAUAAAUCCAUAGCAAAUAAAAUUACAGCAAUCCGUAGUCUACAUGGUGGUGGGGAAAUUGAUACAGUACCUGACUAUAGUUCAAUAUCACAGACUGGUUUGUCAAAAACAAAAGAAGUAGGUCUUGACUUUACUAUAAAGAGCUUGGCUGACAUUAAGGCUGAAAAACGAGGAAAAGUGACAGUGCGGACAGCCAGGCCUAACGGUGGAAAAAAUCAAAUACAAUCCCGUCUUGGAAUUAAAAAUGGUACCAAGUUGCAUGUGGGUGACGACAAACCAGUAAGUUCUCCAGGUGACGAAGGUAGUCUUAAGGUUUUAAGUCUGUCAGAAAUUAAAGCCAAACAAAUGUCCUCAUUCAGAGGCAAUUCAAAUUCUUCUCAGUCAAGAAAGAGACCCAUAUCUCCCAUAUCCUUUGAAGAACCUAAAAAGAAGUUAGUUUCAAAUAGUAAUUCCUUGCCUUUUCAACAAAAAAAGAGAUCUGUUUCACCAAUAUCUUUUAACACUGCAAGUACAACUAAGACUGCGUUGAAAAAGAACACUGGUGCGGAACUGCAGAAGAAAAGGUCAAUAUCACCUAUAUCCUUUCAGACUAAUGAUAGUGCAACCAAACAAAUUAGACUAUCAUCCAGCAGUUGUGAUUCUGUCCAAACGAAAACACCUGAACCCAAGUCAUCCCCUCUUGGUGUUAGGAAGAUCACUAUCAAUAGGUCACCAGCUAAGAAAUCCCCAGGUGCAGUGCCAGUAGGAAAUACAGUGUUGAAUAAAGAGCACCAGCAGAAGGAAGCUGGUACUCAUAGUGUAAAUAGUAAAUUGUUAGUUCAAGAUGUAGAGAGCAAAAAUAAGAUUAAUAAUAAUAAUGUAACCUCGGAAAGUACCAAACCCAUUGCUCCUGCCUCUGAACAGCAUCUGAAAGAUUCAGGGGACAAGAAGCCAUUGAAUGUGAGUGUGAGUCGGAUGGACUCUUUCCUAGAAGAUGAAGAAGCUCUUCUGUUAGGGGGAGAAAUGACAGACGAUGAAGAUGACAUCGACGAAGCGGCUCUGUUACUUUGAGAGAUCUCGUAUUUAUUUUCAUGUAUUGUGCUGAAGCUUAUGUUACGAGCAAUAUGCGCAGUAAUAGGUUUCCGAGCCUGUUGCAUUGAAUGAUAAGAAAAUGUGUGCUGUGUGUGUGUUGUUACAGAAAUGUAUUUGUGAAGUUGGUGGGUUCUUGUGAUGAAAUUGGGGUAAUGACUUUUCACCACGUUUCACUGCAAGUAAUUUUUGCUCUAUUAUUUACAAGUUACUUUUUGUGGGUCUUAAGUGCAAUGGGCUGUAGUAGUCAUACCUGGAAUGAUUGCUUGUGAAAAUCUCUUUCCCACCUAUGUGAAUUGUCCCUCAGUAUUUUAUAACAUUUCCUAAAAUAAAGGUGUAAGAAUUAAGUGAUUAUCAGGUUCUAGAAUUCUCAGGUGGAACUUCAACCGACUUGACAUGUUGUGCCAUCGUAGUGAGGAGAACUACGUCUUCGGUUGGUAAUUCUGUCACAUCAGGUUACUAAGCUAGAUUACAUUGUGUUCAAAGUUUGGGUUUCCUUUAGUGUAACACUUGGUCUGGAGUUUGUGUCAGUAUUGUUAUGUAAUUUUCACUGUUCUCUAAUUUACUUUUACUGAAAAAUUGAGAUUUCAAAAGGGAUAUUGAAAAAUGAUACUCUUUUGGAAAUUUAAUGUUUUAUAUAACCUUGUUACUAUGUAUAAUGGGUUGAAAAUAUUGAUAAAUUUUAUGUUUACUAUAAUUUACUUCUGUUGGCCAGCGCUGUGGAAGUUAAGAAUUUUGACUUAGUUGUCUGGAUAAACUAUUUCCUUAUAUAGUUAGGAAUUUGCAUUACCCAAACUUGCAUAUAUUGCUAAUCAACAGGAAUCCAUUCUGACAAAAAGCCAGUUUCACAUAAGUGACUUACCAAACAAUUACAUUAGCUGUACGCUUUCUUACCUGGCAGCCGAAAAUUCAAAUUCCUGGCGGCGGUAGCAGCGCUGCCAUUGUUUGUGUAGGUGAUAGAGAUCCGGCCCACUUUCGGGAAUACCUGGUACUGCUGAGCUUUAGACUUCAAUUCGUUUUCUGCCGGCCACGGGGUAACACCGGUGGUUUGUUGUUGCAGUCGACUUUCGUCGCUAUUGUGGAUUUUUUCUUUUUGGUGAUGUGCAAUUUCUUGGUUGGUUUUUUUUUUUGCUUCAUCAGUUAGCUGCCUAGUUAUUAACAAGUUAUUACGAAGAUGUCUGAUGCUAGUUCUUCUUCAGUUAGGUUUUGCAGCAGUGGCUUCAAAACUAGAUUAGCUAAACUAUGUUACGAUCCGCACUCCAAAUGUGUUAAAUGUAGGGGUCAGUGCUGUAGCAAGGAAUUAACUUGUGAUGAGUGCCGUUGUUUAGAUGAACAAGGUUGGAAGACUUUUCAAGCUCAUUUGGAUAAGAUGGACAAAGAUAGGAAAAGGAAAGCAGCUCUUAGAGCGGGUAGUAAAACUAGAGUAGAGACAAAUCCCGUGCCUUUAGAGGCAAACAAACCAUCACUAUCUUCUCCACUUUUAUUGAAUAUUUCACCUAUUGAUAGUCCUCCAACUUCAGUACCAAUUACUCCAUACCAAGUAUCCCAUGUUUCCGAUCCCAACACCAUUUCCUUGUUAGAGUCCAAGAUGGACAAGAAAUUUGAGUUCUUGGCAAAAUCCUUUAUGGAUUUGGGUAUGUCGUUUCGUGCGUUCGUAGAGAAGUCAAGUGAAAAGGCCAGUGUUAGGCUAAGUGUCAGUGUCGUGUUCGAGGAGGUGGCUGUCCGUUCCCCCUGUUCUCCUAGACGAAGUUCCCUGUCCCGCUCCCCAGCUCCUGGGAGAAGACAUACCGGAGGUCGAAGGGAGACUGGGGGAGUUUGCCCACGGUCAGUCGCCGACUCCAUCGAAGUAGUCGACUCGCGAGUGCCCAGGAAACGCAGCUGGAAAGGCGUAGAUAUCAGUGACGUGCAGUUGUCGUCCGACUCGUAAGUGCAGUCGCCUGUGUCGAGGCGAAAAGUGUGGAGUGAUUUAGUGUCGCGUCCUUUGAAGAGACAUGCCCAGCGUACGAGAGGGAUGUCGCCGCCUGUUAAGAAAUCCAAGGAGCACUGGAGUCCACAACCUUCCUGCAGUUUUGCACCGGACCAGUUUUUCCGGGAAGAUCAUCAGUCUUCUUCGGAUAGCGUAACUUCGGACGGAGUCAGACGCUUACGUGCGUUACAGUGCUCGCGCGCUUGCGAGACUGACUCGCCUCGUUGUGUAUCGAUAGGAGUUUCGACUCGUUCGCCUCAUUCGUCUCGAGCUGUUUCGACUCGUUCGCCUCAUUCGCCUCAAGCUGCUUCGACUCGUUGGCGCCUCAUACGUCUCGUGUUGUUUCGACUCCCAGUCGUUCGUUUUUGAAGAAGAGCCGUAUGACAGCCACAACUUCGUCUUCGCCUAAGGAUGAUGCGAAGGCCAAACCCUUGCUAGAGAAUUCCACUUUUGGUCCCUUUAAACAUCAACUUUAAGAAUUGAUGGUCUUUUUGAAGAAGACAACGAGCCAGACGGAAGAGGAAGACGGGGUAUCGGCCGUCCUGUCGGAAGAGGAAACUCAAGACCAGGAUUUGAAGCCCUCUUCUGCUUAUUCUAGCCUGUUAAGGUUUCUUUUACAGACUUAUCCAGACUUUUUUGAACCAGCUUCGCCUUCUUCACCUCUGUCGAUGUUUGUGAAGGAUAGGAGAUCAGCGCCUUCGGGGUUACCGAAACCAGCUCUUUCUCAGUCCUCGAAGAAAGCACUGAAGGAAGUAGAAGAGUGGCUUGCUAAGAAGAGGGAGGCAGGCAAGACUUCGUUCACCUUUCCUCCGUCGAAGCUGCAGAAUAAAACCUACAGGUUUUAUGCGACAGGAUAAGUUACUUCUUUGGGAGUUUCUGCCUCCUCCCAAGGAGACUUCUCCGGUCUUGUGGACUCACAGAAGAGCAGCGUUCUCGGCUGUGAAAGUGUUGUUCUCUUCACCUGAGUUGGAUCACCUGGUGAAGAACUUAUACAAGUUGAUCGAAGUCUUCAGUUUUCUGGAUUGGACUAUUGCAGUGUUAGCCAGGAAAAUUGAAGAUUGCCAGUCUCUAGACGAGGAUUUUUCUGCCGACUGGCUCAAUAUGUUGUCCUGUGCAGACAGGGCAGUGAGAGACGGUUCAGGGGAAUUGGCCGCCCUAUCCACUAUGGGAGUACUAAAGAAGAGAGAACGGUGGUGCUCCUUCACAUCUCGAGGAGUAACCACGAACCAAAAAUCAGCUUUGUUGUUCUCCCCUCUGAGUAAAUCUCACCUGUUUCCAGAAGAAACCAUCAAGCAUGUGCUGUCGGACCUUGAGAAAAGUCCACCAAUGAUCUUUUUCAGUCAGCGAGAAGACCUAAGGAACCUCCAGCGACAGGAGCCAAAGCUUCUCCUCUACAAAAACAUCCCUUUCAAGGAGGUAAGUUGAGGUGGCAGCAGAGACCAAGAACUAAUCUACGAACCACCUCCAAGUCUACCAAGAAACCUUCCUUUAAGACAGAGAAAUGAUUGGAAGGUCCUUCACACACCCGUGGGGGCAAGACUCCACGACUACUGGGAGGAAUGGAGUCGAAGAGGAGCAGAACAGUGGGUAAUUCAGGUGCUUCGAGAGGGAUGUGUGAUCCCUUUUACGCAGGAUCCACCACUGUCCAAUACACCUGUCUGUUUGACAGCAUACUCGACAGGAUCAACAAGAGCUUUGGCUUUAGCCAAAGAAGUAGAAGAGCUCAUCAACAAAGAGGCCAUAGAGGAAGUAACAGACACGAACCCCCCAAGGUUUUACAACAGGCUCUUCGUGGUCCCCAAGGCAUCAGGGGGAUGGAGACCUGUGUUGGACGUAAGCGCUCUGAACCUCUUCGUCCAGAAGACGAAAUUCCGAAUGGAAACCAGUCAAUCGGUAAUGUCAGCCAUCCAACUGGGUGACUGGAUGGUAUCUCUUGACAUGAAGGAUGCAUAUUUCCAUGUCCCCAUCCAUCAGAACUCCAGGAAGUUCCUGAGAUUUGUCUUCAAGAAGAGAGUCCUCCAGUUCAGAGCCCUGUGCUUCAGUCUGUCAACCGCCCCUCAAGUAUUUACUCGGAUUCUCGCUCCUCUGGGAAAGUGGCUGCAUUUGAUGGGGAUCAACACAGCUUUUUACUUAGACGACUGGCUCCUGAGAGCCAGAUCCAGGCGUCAGUGUGUCAAGGACUAGGAGAAGACACUUACUUUGACACAACAAUUGGGUAUCAUAGUAAACACGGAGAAGUCCCAAUUGAUUCCAACUCAGAGGAUUCUCUAUUUAGGGAUGAUACUAGACUCUAGCUUUUUGGGUUUUUCUCUCCCCAAAGAGGAUAGAGUCCUGCCUGUCGACAGUCCAGCAAUUUCUGGUUCGCCCGUCCUGCUUAGCGCUCGAAUGGAUGAGCCUACUCGGGAUCCUGGCUUCAGUGGAGAGUUUUGUCAGGUUAGGACGCCUACACAUGAGGCCGCUUCAGUUCUUCCUGAAAGCAAAUUUGUCUCGGAAGACAGUUGGACUCACUAGUUUUCCCCCUGACGGAAGAGAUAAAGAUGGAUCUUCGUUGGUGGCAUUCAAGGGAAAGAUUACAAGAAGGAAUCUCCCUAGUCGUGUCGAACCCCGACCUGCAGUUCUUCUCAGACGCCUCAGACAGCGGAUGGGGAGCCCUCCUAGGAGACGAGAGUGUCAGGUCUGUGGACAGAAUGAGAAAAGACCUUGCACAUCAAUGGGAAGGAAUUGAAGGCCAUCCUCUUAGGGCUACAAGUGUUGGACCACUUAGUCACCGGAAGAAACGUAGCGGUCUACUCGGACAACACCACAGCGUUGUCAUAUGUACGGAAGCAGGGAGGGACCCACUCGUUCUCUCUCAACAAGAUAGCCGAAGAUCUCCUCACCUGGACGAACGAGAAGAGGAUCACCCUUUUUCCAAGAUUCGUGCAAGGGAGAAUGAACAUACUUGCAGAUGAACCGAGUCAGGUAAAUCAGGUGUUACCAACAGAAUGGACUCGAACAAGAGUGUGUGUCGGGACCUCUGGAAGCUUUGGGGAAGACCAUCGAUAGAUGUGUUCGCCACAUCGAAGAACAAUCGCCUUCCCAUUUUCUGUUCUCCAAUUCCAGAACCUUUCCGAUUCCAGAACCACUAGCGUGGAGAACAGGUGCGAUGCUGGUAGAUUGGACAGGACUGUACGUUUACGCUUUUCCUCCCUUUGGGAUGAUAAGAGAGGUCUUAAACAAGCUUCAUUCGCACCAGAAUGUGACAAUGACCCUAGUAGCGCCAUUCUGGCCCAGGAAAGAGUGGUUCCCGGACCUUCUCAAUCUGCUGGUGGGUUUUCCCAGACUACUUCCACAAAAUCCAUCGCUUCUCAGACAACCCCAUUUCAACCAAUAUCACCAAGGGUGAUAUCCUGACAGGCUGAAUCUUGUCAGGGCCAGAGUGGACACUGACAGGAUUCAGACUGUCAGGAACCUGGUCAGAGCAAAAGGGUUUUCGCGAAGGGCGUCAGAGGCUAUUGCUAGCUGCAGAAGAAGCUCUUCUGCCAAGCUCUACCAGUCCAAGUGGAGAGUUUUUAGGUCAUGGUGCAGACGACAUAGCAUCUCUUCUUCUGAAACAUCUAUAACAGAAAUUGCAGAAUUUUUGUUAUUUCUGAGGGACACCAAGAAGUUGGCCACUUCAACUAUUAAAGGAUAUAGGGCCAUGCUUUCAUCGGUUUUCAAGCAUAGAGGCCUCGACAUUUCGUCAAAUCAGGACAUCAGUGACCUGAUCAGAUCCUUUAGUUCCUCCAAGAUUUUCAAGCCUGAAGAAGUGGAAUGGAACUUGGAUGUAGUUUUAAGGUGGCUCAACGGCCCCCAAUUCGAACCAUUGAAUUCUGCAACCUUGAGGGACGUAACUAGGAAGAUACUAUUCCUAGUCGCUUUAGCCACAGCGGGAAGAGUAAGCGAGUUGCAGGCGAUGAGUAAGGAAGUGGGUUUUGCCCAGGGCAAUGCAGUUUGCUCCUAUGUAACAGACUUUCUUACUAAAAAUGAGGAUCCUUUGAAUUCUUGGCCCCGUUCUUUCAAGAUAAAGACCCUAACGGACUUAGUCGGGUCGGAAGAUGAGGAACGUACAUUGUGUCCGGUCAGAGCCAUCAGACACUACCUGACUAGGACAGAAACUGAGAGAGGAGAGGAGAGCCGACUCUGGUGCUCGGUGAAAGACAGUCUCCGCUUCUUUCAAAGAAUGCAAUGUCCUUUUUCCUGAGGAGUUUGAUCCGAGAAGCGCUUGCCCAAACUCAGGAACAUGCUCUUAGGGUGCUGAAAGUGAAGACGCAUGAGAUUCAUGCAGUAGCAAUGUCAUUGGCAUUUAGACAGAAUAUGUCUCUAUCCUCCAUUAUGCAAACUACAUUCUGGAGGUCGAAAUUGGUGUUUGCAUCGCACUAUUUGAAGGAGGUAGAAACUACUUAUGAAAACUGCUUUAGAUUGGGACCGUUGUCAGUAGCAGGAAUGGUGUUGGGAGAGGAAGCAUAGGGGGACUUGGUUUUUUCCCUCUACUAUCUCCUCGCCUUGAAUUUGGGGUUUUUUGAGUUUGUGGGAAGCCUGGGGUACAUGUACCUGAAGUACCCACCAGUUCUUAUAGUAUCUGGUUAAGGGUACCAUAUGGUUUUUAGUGUAGGUGAUGGAUUUGUAUGGUUUUUUUAUCUGGUCUUUUUACCCAGGGCAAGGGCAAAUUAUUGUUGUUUUUGUCAAUCAUCGGUGAACUUCCAUAAUUGCAAAAAGCCCACCAUUAGUAGGGACGACCCUGGCCUUUACUGCCACAUCUCCUACAUGUGAGGAGAGUGCCGACCAGAAGCAGUAUCUACCUACAGCUGCUCUCUCACAAGGUAAUGUACUGCAGACAUUAUAUAUAAUGUGAGCACAUGACUCUUGUUUUUGUUCAUAAAGCUGUCCAUAUACCCACCUACGGGAUAAUGUGGAGUCAGCUAAUGUUAUUGUUUGGUAAGCUACUUAUGUGAAAAUGAUAUUUUAAUGAUAAAAUAAGAUUUCACAUAUACUUACCAAACAAUUACAUAAUCAGAGCCCUCCCUCCUCCCCACAGAUGGACGUUGCGGCUCAACGAAUUGAAGUCUAAAGCUCAGCAGUACCAGGUAUUCCCGAAAGUGGGCAGGAUCUGUAUCACCUACACAAACAAUGGCAGCGCUGCUACCGCUGCCAGGAAUUUGAAUUUUUGACUGCCAGGUAAGAAAGCAUACAGCUAAUGUAAUUGUUUGGUAAGAAUAUGUGAAACCUUAUUUUAUCAUUAAAAUAUCAUUUUAGUUUAGCAUAGUCAACAAUUAUAUAUGUAAAUCUUUAGCAUUAAUUAGUUUUUAUAGUUUUAUUUGUACAAAAGGCUAAAUCUGUUUAAUUUUAAGUAUAUUAAAGUGUAAAUAUCACUCAUUCAUUUUCACUCCGCUUUGUCUGUGCAAAAGACUAAAUGUAAGCACCAUACCCUAGAAGUGCUCAGUUAGGUAUUAUUUUUUCGUUGGUUUUCAUUUUGAUACCAUACCAUAUUAACGUGUUAGGGUAUUCAGUUAUUUUGUUAAACAGAAAAAGGUAAGAUUAUUGUAACCAUUUUUAAAGUGAUUGUCAUCCUUUUGGAACAAGUUGUAAUUCAGGACAUGUUCUUGCUUUGCAAGCUUUGUGAGUUAUUAAUGCUGUUAUGACCCGGUGUUUAAUUUCAGCCGUUUUUUUUUUUACAGCAAGUUAAAUCUGAGAGUUAAAAAAGGAAAUCAUAUAGUUUAGCCAGCCUGCAAGUUAAAACUAUUAACUGCUGUACAGCUGACCCAAAGAAUUAGUUUUUAGAGAUAAAAAAGGGAUAUCAAAUAAUUCGUAAAUUUUUCUUUGGACCGAAUCUAUAAAAUUAUCACUAAUUUGUUGUUUUUCAUAGAACAACACUGUGUAUUCACUGGUAAAAGCGUUUCAGUUGAAGGGGUACAGGGUAUUUGGUAGUUAAAAGCAUUUUUAGAGGGGGAUUUUGCAUUUUCAUGCAUUUAGAAUAUCUGCAGUGGGUUCUGGAACCUAUCCCCGCGUAAGAAGUGGGAGGCAGUGUAUGUUUCUUUAAGAGUUAUAUUUAUAUUAAUGCCAAAACAAUGUUUCACAAAUGCCCUUUUCUCCAGUGCCUGUAUAGUGGUUUAUAUGUAUGAAAUAUAAAAAUUUGUAAAUAUUUCAUGUGUUCAGGUCAUGUACAAAGUGCCACAUCUGCUGGAAAAGACAUUUGUGAAACAAUGGAUUGGGUCUUAUACAACAGUCGUAAAGUAAUACAAUUUUUUACAGCUUACUGCAGGCAAUUGUUGCUCUCUUACAUCUGUACUGAAAGAGAGUAGUAGGUUUUGUUUUGUGUAAUUUUAAUGAAUACUGGACGAUAGAACAUUAAUGAGAUGAUUCCUUGAGGAACUUGUUUGUUACAGUUUGGACCUCUUGGGAAAUUGUAUAGUUUUUCUGUUCACGCAAGAACUACAAAGAAAAGCCCAUGCAAGAGUUUAAAUAUGCUUCGGUGAUUUUCUUCAGGAAUUACCCCAAGAUCACACUUUAGGUUCUUUCUGAACAUUGCAUUUCUGUAGCCCUGUUUAUAUAAAUACAUUGAAUGAAAAUUCAUUUGGGGAUUGGACAGUAAAUUAGACUCUCCUAGAAUAUGAUGCUUUUGUUGGAAGUCUUAAUGUUCCAAAGAAUUGUUAUGGAGCAAAAAUUCAUCUCUUGUAUCAGAAUUUCAGGGGAUUUGUAACACUCAGGCUUGUGGUUACCAUUUAUUGAAGUGUCUCCUUCGUAAAGCCUCAGGAACUGUCAUAAAAAUGGAACCGGAGUGAAUUGUUGGAAAUCAGAAUUUUAAUUGUACAUAAUGAAGGGAAAGCACAGCACCAAUGCUGUAUGUGUAAACAAAUCAUUAUACUUUAGUCAUUUUGUGUACUAUGAGGUUUUUCUGUAUAUUGAACUGACUGCACUGAAAUGCAUUUUACUGAUGUUCUCUUAAUUUUUAAAAAUUUUCUCAACUGUGAGAAAGAGUCUUCUAGAUUGUUGGGAGGGUGCUCUCUCAAAAUUUGCACUUUCGGCUUUGUAUGGACAGGUUUAGAGGAACUAUUUAUGGCAAAAGUUUUGUAUAACAAUACAAUAAGUACAAAAGAUCAAAGUGUCAAUGGCUGAAAAGACUUAGGAAUACAUAUUAGCAUAGGGUUUUUAGAUAUACACAGUACAAAGUGUACUGUAUGCAUUCUUUUUUACGUUAUAAUUUACCAAGACCGCAGAGUCACAAACAACAAAAAUCUAGUACUUGGAGAACAGCCAAUCAAGAAUCUUUGGAAAUUGGAAUGAAAGUAAUGUAAGCGUUAUUUGUAGCUGUGAAUUUGACAAUCUGAAUACAGAGUAUUUCAAAAAGA